AUUCUCACAUCAAACCGAGAGGAUUUGUGGCUGGUUUUGCCCGGGGUGUUUCUUUGGGAUUUUACUUCCUCGGGAGUGUGGAUUGAGGGAUCUGUGGCGGUCGAGGAUUCGAGGUGGGGUUUGCACAGAGAGGCAAGGAAGGAGAAUGAGUUCCAAGCGGACUAUCCGGUCUUAUUCGGCCAACGGCCACUGCCCAUCCUUCGACACUAACGGAGAGAAUGAGCCGCCUGUCCGGGGAGAAUCCAGCCGGAGUUAUUUCCUCAACGUGCGGCCUGAGAACAGACAAACGUUUUGCACCAUCAUUGCUCAGAUAACGGAAGAGACCCAGCCAGGUUUUGAAACUACACUGAAAUCCCAUUCAGUAUCUGAAGACUCUGAUAUCAAGUUCCAUUGCAUAGUCUCAGGACAUCCAGCGCCUGAGAUCACAUGGUACAAAGACGACAAGGAGAUGGACCGAUAUUGCGGCCUUCCCAAAUAUCAAAUAUUCCAAUACGGAAAGAAACACUCACUUCAGCUGUACAAAUGUACAGAGGACGAUGCGGCCAUCUACCAAGCUUCGGCCAGGAACAGCAAAGGGAUCGUCUCGUGUUCUGGAGUCCUGGAGGUGGGCACCAUGAACGAGUACAAGAUCCAUCAGCGGUGGUUCGGCAGGCUGAAGCAGAAAGCAGACGCCAAGAGGCGUGAGUUGGAGGAGUCCAGGAUGAGGGGCAAGGAGAACAUCGCCUCCAUGGCCAACAUCCACGAUCGCAACCUCCAGAGGACGUUGAGUCCAGAGAGGGCCCAGCGCAAACGCAAGUCCCAGCUCGAAGCCAAAGCAGUCUCUCUCGACUCUUGGAGGGACAAGGAGGAUGGGUUCAAAGUGCACGUCCCUGACCCGCACGCAACGUUGAGCAAGAGCGUCGAGCGGGCGGAGAAAGACACUGUGUCGAGAGGCGAGAUUCACAACGGCUACAUCACCGGUGCCCAAGGGGCCGAGCUUGCCGCCAUGACGGAGGGGAAGCUGCCAGCGAACAAUUCGCUGGACGACUUGGAGCAGCGCCUCUUGUUCGGCAGCGGCAUCUACGAAGUGGAGCCGCUUGUUUCGCCUCGCCCGUCGGACAAGGAGUUUGCGGCGAGGAAGAAAAAGAGGAGGAUUUCGGGAGACCAAGGCAGGGCGCCGUCGAAGAAGGCCGAGGGCGACGAGACCGCGCUGAACGGCCUCGACCAGGGCAGCGGCUCCGGCGACUUAUCCCGUUACCUCAGGGACACUCUGCGGAGAAGCAAACUGCGCAGGGACCCCCAGCGCUCCCAAUCCGAGGACUACAUGGGGAUUGAUGAGCAGGUGGCAUCGGUGGUGUUGGGACAGAGGCAGAGGCCUCCCAGUCCAAAGAGCGAGAGAACCGAGAUACAAAGUGACUUUGGGCGCCAGUCACACGAGGAAGCCCAAUCUGAGGCGACGACAUUUACAAAUGGCGCCAAACCCGAUGACCAAGAGCCCACGUUCUCCAGCCCCCAAUCUCCCGACAAAGAUGCGUACUUCUCCAUGAGGGAUAUGUACCUCGAAACCAUUUCGGGACCAGAGUCACUCAGUCAGCGGCAAUUAACUCAGGCUUUGGAGAAGAUCUUCGAGGUUGAUGCCCAACCCCAACCCGACGGCCAGAAAGUGGCACCGAGUGGGUUUGCUGAUGAUGUGCCCGGUCAGAUGGAGGCGAGGUCGGGAAACGAUGGCGAACCGAUGAAGACCAGCGAGGGGUUACAAAAGAUGGAGGUGUCGAGGACAGAAGUGGACGCUUGGACGCCUCAAGCCCGUUCGCAGAUGCUAAAGGUGGACGGGUUCAACAAGGUGCAGCCAUCUUGUGGAGUGACGGAGGAUGCCGGAGGUAACAAGCCCAGAGAGGGGGGCAUUUGUACGGUGGACAUGCCUGGGAAUUCAGCGCAAGAAGGCUUUAAAUCUCCUGUCUCGCCCGUGAAUACGGUGCCACAGCCUGUGUUCCGGGUCUCGUACUCGUCGGUGGCGGUGCAGACCGAGGAUAUCCUGGAGGAUUUGACACCAUGUGGGCAAGGUUACCUGCCAAAAUACCCACCAUUGGCCUUGCCAAAUGAGCAGCUGGAGUACCCAACUCUUCCCGAGGCCAUGGGUCUAAGGCAAGGGACAGAACCUAAUGGUUCCCCCGUCUCGGAGAAGGUGGACAGUGAGGGCAGUGUUGGUGCCUUCAGCGACGAGUGGGAGAAAUUGGACAUCCCCAGCGGCUCGGAGCAAACGGACAUAUUGGGCGAACCGCCCGUCCCUGUCACCUCGGCCUCUGGGGAGACGGAGGAGGAGCUGAGGGACUGCCACAGUGAAGGCACAUCACCACCUCAGAGUGAUGAGGAAGUUAGCCCAGUGGCUGGAAGGAUAGACCAGACUGCCCACCAGCAAGACCUCACAACCGAUAUCAAAGCAAUGGAAAUCUCCACCACACCUCUUGCCGUUGUCUCCCAAAUCGUUGCUAUCCCUCAAAUCUCCCGAGAGGAGACGAUACUUGCAGAUGAAGAGCCUCUAGUUGUAGAGGAGAUACCAGGCCAACAAGUUGUCACAGGUUCUCAGCCUGAUGCUCCAUCCACUGGUUCGGAAGUUCCUUUGGAUGAAGAGGUUUCUAGCGAGGUGAGUGUCGAGAACGAGAAAGUCUCUGAGGAAAUCGAAGACGAGCCGUUGAACGUCAAUGAGGAGGAGGAAGCGAGACCCAGGGAGGAGGAGCCGGCCCCCGCGUCCGCAGAUGGUUUUGGCACCCACUUGGUCGAAAAGUUUCUGUCGUACUUAAAACUACCCAGUUUUCUGUCGGGUGAGAAAUCUGUCCCCGGAGUGGGAAAACCAGAAGCAGCAGCCGAUAACUUGCCUGUCCCCGAUCUACACUCAGACAAGGGUGUGCCACACAAAACGAAGGAACAUACAGAUGCAUCUGAAUUGCCAGCCACUGCCGUGGAGAUAUCGUUAGAGUCAGACGUUUCCCCAACUUCAGCAAACGUGCUUCCAGCCAGCACUGAAGAUCACCAUCUUCCCGAAGAAGACCGUCCAUUAGAUGCGCCACUAGUGGAGGUAGAUGUUGACCCCGUUGAACUCGUCAUUAGGUCACUAUUGACCACCGUGGAAGAACUUAACGUGGACACUGCGAUCAUCGUGCCACCAUCGUCAACGUUAAGUGCUCCCCUCUCCAACGUUGCAUCCUGGACCGCCCUUGGAGAUGACAGUGCUCCUGAUGUGGUGGACACGGGAGAUCCCGAGACACCUCUUCAACCAACAGCUGCCCCCGAGACGCCAUUCGACCAGUAUACUCAACCAAGUCAAGUGGAGGCAUUAAGACUCCCAAGGCUUGAAAUGGUCUCUUCUCCUCCACCAAGCUUGGAUGUUAAGAGCCUCGAAGGACCAGAGGAAGAGCAAGGUAGAGUGGGUGAAAGUAAAAUGGACUUAACCGCACACAAGAGUCUGGUAGAUAAAGCAGAGGAACCAAAUAGUGCUGGGGAAAUUAGCGGUGACCAAUCUAAGAUGUUGCAAGUGACAUUGGUCCCCAGUGAUGGAACGGUACCUGCUCCAGGGCCAAGUACUGAAGAUGUAGAUGUUUCACAGCCAACAAAGAUGACCUCAGAUGUACGGGUGGAAGUAAGCCAAGUGCCAUCCAUCGUGGUGGACAACGUAGCGUUGAAGAGCGUGACGCAGGAGAGAGUAGAGGAUACUGAGGCAUUGAAGAAAGAAGUCCCGCCUGCGCAAGGCUCCAACGCCAAGAUGAAGCUCAGCGACGCUGUGCCCACCAUCCCGUCCGCCACGCCGGCGGAACUCGCCUCCGGUGCUCGCCGCAAGAUCUUCCUGCCCAGGUCCAAACAAGUGGAGGAAUCUGAAGCACUGGCGGCAGAUCUGCCCGCCUUGUCGGCCCACACCAAGAAAGAGGAGGGGGUGAGGAAGGUCCUUGCCGAGGGGGAUGCCGGCCACGCAGAGGAGGAGCCGGCUCGCUUCCCAUUGGCGCUCAAGAGAAGCGCGGCACUGUUGCAGGCCCCUGCGGUGCAACAGAACGCGCCACUGGAGAGGCGAUCGCCAACGACAGCGCGCAAGAUGUCCACGCUGGAAGUGCCCAAACUGUACGAGGAGCCUGCGGACAAAAUAGAGAGUUCCGUGGACCCUGGCAAAAGUGGAGCGAAAACUGACGAGGCCAAGUCAGCUAAGAACCUCUUAAAAGCUCCACAGGUCAUUCGAAAGAUCAGAGCAGAGCAAUUCUCAGAUGCUUCUGGGAACCUGAAGCUGUGGUGCCAGUUCUUUAAUGUGCUGAGUGACUCCACCAUCAGAUGGGACAAGGAUGGACUACACUUGAACAAGCUGAAGCGAAGCGCUGGCGAUGAGAGCCAAGUGUCGUUGGCCAUUGUGAAAGCCUCAGCGAAGGACUGCGGCGUUUACAGAUGCAUGGUGGAAAAUGAGUAUGGUUCAGAUGCCACGGAUCUCCUGCUGAGCAGUGAAAUGUUGACUGGAUUUGUUUCAAGAGAAGAGAUUGAAGUGGGUGAGGAGGUUGAGAUGACCCCCAUGCCGAUCACCAAAGGACUGACGGACACGGGAUUCUGGGGCAAUAAGCUCUUCGGCAGAAUCAUGACCACGGAGCUGAACGUCGGUGACGGUUUCCGCCGCAAGGCAAGCCGGGUGAAGGUCAUCUACGGACUGGAGCCGAUAUUCGAAUCCGGUGCCACCUGCAUUGUCAAAGUGCGAAACUACAUUUCUUACGGGACCAAGCCUGUUGGUGGACUUGUUGACAGCAACCAUGAUCUCACUAUGCAAGAAUGUAAGCUUCAAAAUACAGCGAGAGAGUACAGUAAAAUAUUUGCCGCUGAGACGCGCGCAGUGGAAGGGUUCGGACCCGUGCCUGAGAUCAUCCCCCUGCACUUGCUCUAUCGCCCUGGCAACAACAUACCCUAUGCAACCAUCGAGAGGGACUUGAUGGGGCAAUUUGUGAAGUAUGCAAUGGAGGACAAGAGCAAGAAUCUGGUGGGUGAGAACGGCUCUGAAGUGGUACAGAAGUGUCACACCUUUCAACACUGGAUUUACCAAUGGACAAACUGCAACCUGCUGGUGACUGACUUGCAAGGGGUGGGAAUGAAGAUCACCAGUGUGCAGAUCGCUACUAAUUCCAAAGGGUAUCAGGACCUGACAGGGAAUUGUUCUUCCUCCGCCAUUGAAGAGUUUCCCGACACCCAUCAGUGCAACCACUUGUGUGAGGCGCUGUUGCUGAAGUCAUUGAAAAACGGUGACAGCCUCCAUAGACCCAAGGGAUCCAAGAGCCCAUCGAUGACCAGGAGGGCUCAGUCAGCCCAGUCCAGCCCUCAGAUGCAGAGGAAGGGCCAGUCCAGUCCUCAGUCCCAGAGGAAGGGCCAGGCCAGUCCUCAGUCCCAGAGGAAGGGCCAAGUUAGUCCACUGGUCCAGCGGAAAGGACAGACCAGCCCACUGGUCCCACGGAAAGGCCUAUUAAGCCCACAAGCUUCUCGGAAGAACAUCUCAGACCCCACCGUGGCCCCUAAGGAUGGCAGUGCGGAGGACUCCCAGGAAACCGUGAAGCACAAAACAGUGGAGAUCUCCAAGACUGUCAAACUCCGGUAGACACGUUGGUGCAACCAUCAGUCGGCGACAGGGCAACAAGCACUUUUUAUUUUUGACAAUCGACUGUUUAAUCUGGAAAGAUUUGAGUCAAACGAGGGAUAGGAGAGACUAAAGAGAGUUAAGUGACAUCAGCUAAUAAUGUCCCCAUGGUACUGAACAUCCACGAGAAGCCUCAUGAGUGCAAACAUCAUCAUUCUGGGCCACUUGUGGGCAACGUUGAGUAGCGCCAUUGGGUGGGCCUUUAUCAUGAAUCAGAGAACAAAGUUUGCAUGUUUUACGAGCUGUCAGCACAACCGCUGAGAUUUGCUCUUGAAAUAACCACCUGCAUGAACUGUUCUUUAGAACCUAGAGUGUAUGUUUUAUUAUUCUAAUGCUUUGGCUUUUAAGUUUAUGGCAGGGAACUAAAAGCCUCUGCUGCAGUCUGGCUAAAGUGCAUCAACUCAGACUAGAGGGCGUUUACAAUGACAGCGACUAAGACCCUAGAAAUACUCUGUACCAACGAGUGCUUUAGUACUCCGGGUAUUCCGGGCAGCACGGUGAGAUUGCUGCCUUGCAGCGCCAGAGACCCGUGUUCGAUCCCGACCACGGGCGCUGUCUGUACAGAGUUUAUACGUUCUCCCCGUGACCCGCGUGGGUUUUAUCCGAGGUCUUCGGUUUCCUCCCACUCUCUAAAGACGUGCAGGUUUGCAGGUUAAUUGGCUUGGUACAAAUGUAAUUUAUCCCUGGUGUGUGUAGGAUAGUAUUAAUGUGCGGGUUGGCGCGGACCCGGUGGGCUGAAGGGCCUGUUCCCGCGCUGUAUCCCUAAACUAAACUAUUUAUUGUGGUAAGAGUUUACGGGUAAGUGAAGCAUUUGGUUUAUAUUAUGACUACUAUCAAAAUGUUUAAGAAAUGUUUAGACAGGUACGUGGAUAGAGGGAUGUGGGCCAAACGCAGGUAGGUGGGACGAGUGUAGAUGGGACAUGUUGGUCGGUGUGGGCAAGUUGGGCUGAAGGGCCUGUUUCCAUGCUGUAAGACUCUAUGACGCGAUGAUUAGCCAGACGGAGGAUUAGCUGGGACCAUUAUUGGGAGAAGGACUGUGUCAAGGACUGACUUGGUUUGUGUUUGAUUUGUUUUUUGCAAUGACUUUGAUUCUGUUGGAGCAACGUCCCACAGUGAGUAGUGAAGUGCACCUUGCCUGGAUUGUUGAGGCCUAUUUACAGGCUUCAGUUCAGUUCAGUUUAGUUUAUUGUCGCAUGUACCGAGGUACGGUGAAAAGUCUUUGCUGCGGGCUAACCAGCCAGCGGAAAGGCAAUACGCAGUUACAAUCGAGCCAUUCGCAGUGAGCAGACACAUGAUAAGGAAAUAACGUUUAGUGCAAGAUAAAGCUAGUAAAGUCCGAUCAAAGAUAGUCCGAGGGUCACCCAUGAGGUAGCUAGUAGUUCAGGACGGUCAGCGUGGAUUCGGUGGGCCGAAUGGCCUGUUUCCAUGCUGUAUCCCUAAACUAAAAGGAGGAUAGGAAGACAGAUGUAAAAGUUCAGCGGUAAAAGUUCAGACACACCAGAGGGGUUGAUUGGAAUUGUAACCCUGUGAUGCUAAUGGCAACACGCCCAGACUGAGCACAGGAGCAGUGUAUUUAACCAGCGUGUACAAUGGAGUUAGACUGAAGAAGGGUCCCAACCUGAAACGUCACCUAUCCAUCUUCUCUGGAGAUGCUGCCUGACCCGCGGAGUUACUCCAGCGCUUUGUGUACAGGCCGGAUGGCUUGAUAUUUUUCCUGGGAAGUAGCAGCCCUUCCCAAAAUGGACGCGAGCAUUUGGACUUAGACACUUGCUGUGGUAUUGCCCCAACAUAGACCGCUGCGAUUGGAACAUUGGCGUUUCACGAGCAGCCAUUAAUGUGCCCGAUGUGACGUUUCUUUAAUCAGAGGGUGGUGAAUCUGUGGGAUUCCUUGCCACAGAAGGCUGUGGAGGCCAAAUGGAUGGAUGUUUUUAAGGCAGAGAUAGAUAGAUUCUUGAUUAGUACGGGUGUCGGGGGUUAUGGGGAGAAGGCAGGAGAAUGGGGUUAGGAGGGAGUGAUAGAUCAGCCAUGAUUGAAUGGCGGAGUAGACUUGAUGGGCCGAAUGGCCUAAUUCGGUUCCUAUCACUUAUGACCUUAACACUGAUACAGAAUCCUAGUUGAUCAGAAGCGAGUCAACCUGGGAGAGUAAAAAUAACCCGGUGUGGAACUCACUUAGGGGUUCCACUGCUGCUGCUUCUGAAGAUGUAACACUUUCAACUGCAACAUUGCGUGUCGCAGUUCUGCAUUGAACAGUACUGGCAAAGUGAAAAAAUAUACAGUGGGAAAGACAUCAAUAAAGACAUGACUGCACGGUGGCGCAGUGGUAGAGUUGCCGCCUUACAGCGCUUACAGCACCAGAGACCAGGGUUAAAUUCUGGCUAUGCGUGCUUGUCUGUACGGAGUUUGUACGUUCUCUGCAUGUCCUUCGGUUUCCUCUCACACUAUGAAGACGUACAUGUUUGUAGGUUGAUUGGCUUGGUAAAAAUAUAAAAAUUGUCCCCAGUACAUGUAGGAUAGUGUUAAUAUGCGGGAUCGCUGGUUGAUGCGGACUUGGUGGGUUUUGAAAGGGCUUUAAGGUUUUGAAAUGAUCAAUCUGUCAUUUUACAAUUGGUCAUCAUGAAAACUGCAGUUCUUUGACUUUUUUUGUUUAACAAGCAGUUUUUAUUUUAUUUGCCGGUACUAAAAAGAUUAAAACUGCUCGAUUGUGCAGGAAGGAACUGCAGAUGCUGGUUUAAACUUAAAAAGGACACAAAAAGUUGGAGUAACUCAGAAGGUUAAGAAAGCAUACAUAGAUACAUAGAAAAUAGGUGCAGGAGUAGGCCUUUGUAAAGAAGUCUCAACAACACAUUGUCUUAACUGUAGCUUUUAUUAACUGUUCACAUAAGUGCUAUACUAGCUGUACGUGGUCUGUCACCGGAGCUAGAGAGAGAGACACCAGGGAGGGAGCAUGCAGUUAUACCCCUGAUAAGGGGAGUGGUUAAGGGUGGUAAGGUCACUAUGUUAAAGGCACAUGCACUAGCCAUCUACAGCCUUCGAGCCAGCACCACCAUUCAAUGUGAUCAUGGCUGAUCAUCCACAAUUAGUACCCUGUUCCUGCCUUC